GAAGAGAAGAAUGCGAGCGCAAAGCCCGGAGGGGGGAGAUGGACCCCCGGCUGGAGUUCACCUUCCAGCUACUCAUAGACGGGACCGGCCUGCCGCGCCACGCCAUCAUGGACCACGUGUUCGAGGGAAACAUGCUGGACGACAUCAACCAGCUGUUCCUCCCACACAUGAGGAACAAGCUGCUGUGGUACUACCAGGAAGUGGAAGAGGUGGUGGAGCCGAAGCCCGCGCCCGAAGGCAGCAAGCCGCGGGCACAGGGGCAGGGCAAGCAGCCGCCGCCGCAGACCGUGUGGAAGAAGAAACUCUUCCUGUCCGACGGCUGGGACGUCAAGUUCACCGGGAUUUGUAUCUACAUGUUCCGCAUCAAUGUCAGCAAGCAACUGCCUGAGGAGGGCUUUCAUAAGGAUCUUUUCUGCGGCAUCCUGAACGCGGCGCGAGUGGGUCUCGUGACGGCGGUGGAGCGCGUCAUGGAGCACGUGUACAUGGGAGCCCUGGCGCACCCCGGCGGCGACGCUGACGAGGACGAGGCGCGCUUCCCCAUCGUCAAGAACCAGCUGUUGCCCGCGCUGCGCUCCUUCUGCAGCGCGCUCAAAGUUUGCGAAGACGUCUGCAACCAAGUGAACCUAUUCGACGACGGACAGGCUCUCAUGGCGAACGUAAAAGAUCACUCUGAGCUGAAAGAGAUGACGAAAAACGCGACCACCAUCACCAACCUCGAAGACAGGGUUAAUGAGUGGAUCAAGAAGGUUAUGGAGAUCCUGAGCGAGAGCGAGCAGCUGCGGCGCGAGGUGGACUCCAGCGGGCCGCAGGACGAGCUCGAGUACUGGAAGAAGCGGGGGGCGCAAUUCUCGCAACUCGUCUCCUAUCUGCAGGACAAUGAAGUCCAACUAACGCUGACCUGUCUGCAAUUAGCCAACUCGAAGGUGAUCAAGCAAUGGAGGGAGACCGACCAUAAGAUCACGUUUUGCUACAACGAGGCAAAAGACAACGCGAAGUUCAUCCAGGCUAUGGAGAAAUGCUGCCACUCUCUUUACUUGGACGACCCCGUGAAGAUCAAAGACUCCAUCUUGAGCCUUCUGCAGACCGUCCGCUUGAUACAUAGCGUGUCGCAGUUCUACAACACGUCGGAAAGGAUAUCCUCGCUUAUGGUCAAGAUUACAAAUCAAAUGAUAGAAACGUGCAAGCAAUACAUUACCUGUCGAUUCAAAGAAACAAUUUGGUCGCAAGACAGGUCGGUCGUCCGGGACAAGUUAAUUCACUGCAUCAAUUUGAAGAAGACUUACAGGGAGACGUAUGUCCAAGUGAAGAACCAGCCCUUUCUCCCGAACGCAGAGCAAUUCAGCUUCUCGGAAAACUAUGUGUUUGGAAAAUUCGACACGUUUUGCAAGAGGCUGAACAAAAUCAUCACAAUGUUUGAUCUGAUGGAAGAUUACACUCAUCUGUUCCAGAAGAGGAUGGAAGGCCUUCUUCUUGGUGAAGAUCUAGAGGAGGCCAUGCACACCUUCGAGGAAGCUAAAAAAGCGGUCACCAGCUGUCAGUAUGACUACCUCGACUACAGGAACAACGACUUUGACAAGGACUAUCAGGCUUUUGAGCACAAGACCAACCUGCUCCGGGAGAGCAUCGGCAACACCAUCGAAGAGAACUUCAGCAGCGUGUGGGAGACGCCGCAGGGCAUCAAGUUCCUCACCAGGUUCGAGAAGGUGAGCAAGAAGAUCCAGAUAACGAAGCUGAAUGAGAAGUACGACCGAGUACUCAAAUACUGUGAGAAAGAGGUGGACAAGAUCGUGAAGAUGUUCAAACGACAGCGCGACGACCCGCCUCUGCCCAGGAAUUAUUCGCCGGUCGCUGGUCGCAUAAAAUGGUGCCGCUGCCUAAUGCUGAACAUGACGGAGACGGUGUCGGCGGUGGCGGCGCACCCCGUGCUGCGCGCGCGGCCGCCCAGCGCCGACCUCGUGCGCAAGUACGCGUGCGUGCGCGCACUGAUCGCGCACUACGAGGCCGAGCUGCGCGCCGUGUGGAUGAACCAGCAUCUUUGGGACGUCGAUGACAGUCUGAACAAUACUCUCCUAAAAAUAGACAAUACUGGAAAAAUCUGCGCCAAUCUAGAUCACUCUGUAAAAUUACUUAUCAGGGAAUCAGACUGCCUUGUGAAGAUGGGCAUCGAAAUGCCUAUUGUAUGUCAGUCUUUGUAUGCCAAGAAGAAUUACUUCACGCUUGUGAACGAUUCUCUAGAGUUUCUGCUGGAGGACUACGUGCGCACGGUGCGGCGGGUGAAGCUGGAGGUGCGCCCGCUGUUCCUGCCGCAGGUUGUGCGCCUCUCCUCGCUGCUCCUACCAGGGCUGCGCACGGUGACCUGGACCAGUGAAGACUGGGCGAGCUUCAUCGAGAGGGCCAACGCUGCCAUCAAGAGCUUCGACGUGCUGGUGACCAGGGUCCACGACAUCUACACCAACCGCAUCAUCUACAUGCUGUCGGGCAUGCAGGAUGUUACGCUCAUCACGCUGCCAGAAGACACCCCAUGGUCAAUGGAAGAAUUUAUAGAAAAUGUGGAAAGCGGUUGUAGAAACGCGUGCGUAGAAUUAAACCGGAAGAGUUUAAUGGUUGAAGAGGCGGUCGAGGAAGUAUUGGACCUGGUGAAGAAAGCUGCUCAGCAGAUCAAACCAGCGGAAAUAAACCCAGACUUCGAGUUCCUCAUUGCUGACGAUGAGAGUCAGAUGAGCGGUAAUGAGUCUUCGGUGAACGAGUCGACGUCGAGCGGGCAGCAGGACUGGUCGGCGGUGUGGGAGUGCUUCGAGAGCCCGCACCGGCUGCUCUCCGCACAGGGAGGGCUGUCCAAGGGCAUGCAGGAAAUGGUGAAGAACGCAGUGAGUGAAAUGAGGCGCUACUAUAGCAGGAAAGUCAUCGACGUACUUAUAAAAGUGACCCGAAGAACCUUAGAUCUGAUAAUCAAGCAAUUCAAUAGUGAUACUGACAACAGUGAGGAUGAGCAACAAAAGAGGCCGCUUUUCCUACUCCAUGCAGCGUUGAUGAUACCCAACGUGUCUGUGAAACCCACUCUGGAUGAAAUUCAGGAGGUCCUAGUUCUGUCAGGAAAGAAUAUUUCGGGACUAUCAAAAGGCGUCGCUCAGUGGACUGGCGGGAAGCCGCCCGUCGUAACCCCGCUACAGGUCAGCUGGAAGAAGCUAGCGGGACGACAGUCGAACCAGCUAGUCGGCGUAGUGAGCAAACUCGAUGAACAGGUCCAUUCGUCCGUGGCGCCCAUUAGCCUCGCCCAGAAGUCGAUAAAGAUGAUGGACGCGGCGAAGCAAAGGAGGAAGAAACACUACAGACUGGAGUCAGAGGAGAAGCCGACGUUUCCGUUCCAGCAGAGGAACUUCUACAACCACAUCAUGGAGAACAAGGAGAUCGUCAAGACGCUGUCUCUGCUGUCCACGUGCACGCAGAAUGUUAAGACGGAACUAAACACCUUAGUCAAACGGUGGCGGCCGUACCACUAUCUAUGGAAGUGCGAAAAGACGCUCCGCCAACUCCUGGCGUGGAGUCUGAACGAUUUCGAGCUGGCCCUGAAGAGGCACAGCGAGCUGGAGGCGAGGCUCGCCACGGAGCCCGAUGUGCUGGUCAUCGGCAGCUGCCUCGCCGUGUCUACGGAGAAACUCAAGCUGGGGCUUAUGACUGAGUUGAAGAAUGGCACCCACAGAAUAGGACAAGCGAUGCGUAAGAAGUACAAACGCGAGAUGGACUAUGUGUACGCCAUAAUGAACGACUUGGACCGCAAGCUGGAGCGGCCAAUCAGAGACCUGGACGACGUCAGGACCGUCAUGGAAACCCUCAAGAAGAUCCGGGAACAGGAGGUCGAUAUGGAACUCAAGAUCGACCCCGUUGAGGAAGCCUUCAACGUCAUUACCCGCUACGACUUGCCCGUCAGCAAAGAAGACCUAGACCAAGUGGACAACCUGCGGUAUACCUGGCAGCAACUGCAGGCCACAGCGCUAGGCUCCCACGUGCAACUGCUAAACAUGCAGCCUCAGUUCUCUGAAGACCUGAAGAAUAACCUGGACAAGUUUAGGGAGGAUAAUGCGUCGUAUUGUCACGAGUACAGAUAUGCCGGGCCGAUGCAGGCAGGGUUGAGUCCGAGGGAAGCGUCUGAUAGACUCAUAUUGUUUCAGAACCGUUUCGACGGCAUGUGGCGUAAACUGCAAACAUACCAAAAUGGCGAGGAGCUAUUCGGCCUUCCGCACACAGAGUACCCCGAGCUGGCGCAAAUACGCAAGGAGUUGAACCUUCUCCAGAAGUUGUACAAACUGUACAAUGACGUCAUCGACCGAGUCAGCAGCUACUAUGAUAUACCGUGGGGGGAGGUCAACAUUGAGGAGAUCAACAACGAACUUAUGGAGUUUCAGAAUCGGUGCCGUAAACUGCCCAAAGGUUUGAAAGAGUGGCCGGCAUUCUAUGCGCUCAAGAAGACAAUAGACGACUUCAAUGACAUGUGUCCUCUUCUCGAGUUAAUGGCGAACAAGGCUAUGAAGCCGCGCCAUUGGCAGAGAAUCAUGGAAGUCACCAAGUAUAUCUUUGAGCUAGACAACGAAGAUUUCUGCCUGAAGAAUAUACUCGAAGCACCCCUGUUGCAAAACAAAGAGGAUAUUGAGGACAUCUGCAUAUCAGCGAUGAAAGAGAAAGACAUAGAGGCUAAGCUGCGGCAAGUGACCAACGAGUGGUCGGUGCAUGAACUGACCUUCCAGACCUUCAACAACCGGGGCGAGCUGCUGCUGCGUGGAGACACCACGGCCGAGACCAUCGGCCAAUUGGAGGACAGCCUCAUGAUCCUCGGCUCGCUGUUGUCCAAUCGUUACAACGCGCCGUUCCGCAAGCAGAUCCAGCAGUGGCUCUACGACCUGCAGAACACCAACGAGAUCCUGGAGCGCUGGCUGCUGGUGCAGAACAUGUGGGUGUAUCUCGAGGCCGUGUUCGUCGGCGGAGACAUCGCGAAACAACUGCCUAAGGAAGCAAAACGGUUCUCGAAAAUCGACAAAUCGUGGCAGAAGAUCAUGCAGCGGGCGCACGAGACGCCGGGGGUGGUCUCGUGCUGCGUCGGCGACGACCUGCUGAGGCAGCUCCUGCCGCAUCUGCAGGAGCAGCUGGAACUGUGCCAGAAGUCCCUCAGCGGGUACCUGGAGAAGAAGAGGACUAUGUUCCCGAGGUUCUUCUUCGUAUCGGACCCCGCGUUGCUGGAGAUCCUCGGCCAGGCGUCCGACUCGCACACUAUACAGAAUCAUCUGCUGUCUAUUUUUGAUAAUAUACGCUACGUCAAGUUUCAUGAUAUUGAAUACAACAAGAUGAUAGCCAUAGUCUCCAUGGAGGGCGAGGAGAUCAAGCUGGAGCGCGCGGUCCGCGCCGAGGGCUCCGUGGAGACGUGGCUCACGGCGCUGCUGCAGAGCGCGCAGAGCAGCCUGCACGCCGUCAUCCGCGGCGCCAGCGCCAACACCAACGACUGCAACUUCAACAUGCUGCUGUUCCUGGACAAGAUGCCGGCGCAGAUCGGUCUUCUGGGCAUACAAAUGAUAUGGACGCGGGACGCCGAACUGGCUUUGAUGCAAGCGCGGCAAGACAAGAAGAUAAUGAUGGAAACCAACAACAAAUUCCUGGAGCUCCUGAACACUCUCAUCGAUCAGACCACGCGGGACCUCCUCAAGAUCGAGAGGAUCAAGUUUGAGACGCUCAUCACCAUACACGUACAUCAGAGGGAUAUCUUCGAUAUGCUUUGUCGACUCAACGUGCGCUCCGCUAACGACUUCGAGUGGCUCAAGCAGUGCCGGUUCUACUUCAAGGAAGACGCGGACAAGACCUGGAUAUCCGUCACUGACGUCACGUUCACCUACCAGAACGAGUAUCUCGGGUGCACUGACCGGCUUGUUAUCACACCGCUCACUGAUAGAUGCUACAUAACGCUGGCCCAAGCGCUGGCCAUGAGCAUGGGCGGCGCGCCGUGCGGUCCGGCCGGCACGGGCAAGACCGAGACCGUCAAGGACAUGGGCAAGACACUGGCCAAGUACGUCGUCGUCUUCAACUGCUCCGACCAGAUGGACUACAGAGGACUUGGGCGUAUCUACAAGGGAUUAGCGCAGUCGGGGUCUUGGGGCUGCUUCGAUGAGUUUAACCGCAUCGAGCUGCCGGUGUUGUCGGUGGCCGCGCAGCAGGUGGCGGUGGUGCUGCAGGCCAAGAAGGAGAAGAAGAAGUCCUUCAUCUUCACCGACGGGGACCAGUCGGACAUGUGUCCAGAGUUUGGCAUAUUCAUCACCAUGAACCCAGGGUACGCCGGGCGCAAAGAGCUCCCGGAAAACCUGAAGAUCCAGUUCCGUACGGUGGCCAUGAUGGUCCCGGACCGCCAGAUCAUCAUCCGGGUCAAGCUGGCCAGCUGCGGCUUCCUCGAGAACAUCACGCUUGCCAGGAAAUUCUACACCCUGUAUAAGCUGUGUGAAGAGCAGCUGUCUAAACAGGUGCACUAUGACUUCGGUCUGCGCAACAUCCUGUCAGUACUGCGCACUCUGGGCGCGGUCAAGCGCGUGAACUCCAAAGACAACGAGAGCACGAUCGUGAUGCGCGUGCUCAGAGACAUGAACCUGUCCAAGCUCAUCGACGAAGACGAGCCGCUCUUUAUAUCGCUGGUCGCCGAUCUGUUUCCCAACCAGGUGCUGGAAAAAACGACGUAUCCUGAGUUGGAGGAAGCGAUUCGGAAGCAAGUGGAUGACACCGGACUGGUGUACCACCCGCCGUGGAUACUCAAAAUCGUCCAAUUAUACGAGACGCAGCGCGUGCGGCACGGGAUAAUGACGUUGGGCCCGCCCGGCGCCGGCAAGACGACCUGCAUACACACCCUCAUGAACGCACUCACUGAGACCGAGGACGUCCACCGGGAGAUGCGAAUGAACCCGAAAGCAAUAACUGCGGCGCAGAUGUUCGGCCGACUUGACGUCGCCACUAACGACUGGACCGAUGGAAUUUUCUCAGCUCUCUGGAGAAAAACCCUCAAAAUAAAAACUGAAGAGCACAUUUGGCUCGUACUUGACGGGCCAGUCGAUAGUAUAUGGAUAGAAAAUUUGAAUUCAGUCCUUGAUGACAACAAAACAUUAACGCUUGCUAACGGCGACCGUCUUACUAUGUCACCAACUUCUAAAAUUAUAUUUGAACCAGAAAAUAUUGAUAAUGCUUCACCUGCUACUGUGUCGAGGAAUGGGAUGGUUUAUAUGAGCUCUUCGGGGCUGGAUUGGGAACCAGUUUUAACAGCAUGGUUGAAGUCCCGUUCAGAAAGAGAAACAGAAAUAUUUAGUACACUUUUUCAGCAAACUUUCCCUAUUAUUUAUACUUGGUGUACCCAAAACUUGUGUUUCAGCAUGAAAGUGUUACAAAGCAAUAUCAUUCUACAAAUGCUAAGUUUACUUGAGGGACUGGUUCCACCCCAAAUCGAGGAGGUAGAAGAUCCAUCCGCUACUAAGUCUGUAAAUGGCGAUAUUGAUGAUGAUGAUGAAAAAGAAAAAGCAGAAGAAAUUGUAUUGUUUACUCCAGAGCACCUACACAAAGUUUAUGUAUUUACUCUUAUUUGGGGCUUUGGUUCUUUGCUCGAAACCACAGAUAGAGUACGUUUUGAUACAUACUUAAAACAAAACUUCUCAGAAGUAUUGGAACUCCCUAAACAUCCAAACAACAAACCCAGUAUCACCUUUGAUUUUUACGUCAAACACACGGGAAAAUGGGAACUAUGGGAUGAUAUGGUAACUCACUAUCAGUACCCAGAUACAACCACCCCAGAUUACGCUAGUAUAUUAGUACCUAUAGUAGACAAUGUGCGAAUUAGUUACCUUAUACAAUGCAUCGCAAAGCAAAACAAAGCUGUGCUUUUGCUUGGUGAGCAGGGCUCUGCGAAAACUGUUAUGAUGAAAGCAUAUAUGAAAAAAGCAAAUCCAGAACAGUUUAUGGGUCGGUCGUUUAACUUUUCUUCAGCCACGAGCCCAUACCAGUUUCAGAAGACAAUAGAAAGUUACGUUGAGAAGAGAAGUGGCAUGACCUUUGGGCCCCCAGGGGGAAAAAAAAUGCUCGUCUUCAUAGAUGACAUUAAUCUACCGCAGAUAAAUGAGUGGGGUGAUCAAAUAACCAACGAAAUAGUACGGCAAGCAAUGAGUAUGGGUGGAUUUUACAGCUUAGAAAAGCCAGGGGAUUUCACUACAAUAGUGGACAUACAGUUUCUCGCUGCAAUGGGUCAGCCAGGUGGCGGAAGAAACGAUAUACCAUCUAGGCUAAAGAGACAAUUUGCCAUAUUUAACUGUCCUCUUCCUAACGACGAAGCUAUAGAUAAGAUAUUUAAGGUAAUUGGAGAAGGUCACUACAACAUAAAAAGAGGUUUCACAGCUGAAGUACGUGCACUGAUCAAAAAGGUUAUACCUUUAACUCGUGAAUUAUGGCAAAAGACACGUCUUAAUCUGCUACCGACACCAGCCAAGUUUCAUUACGUAUUUUCCUUAAGAGAUUUGUCGAGAGUGUGGCAAGGAAUGGUGGGAACACUACCCACAGUUAUUGAAUCUGAGAAAUGUUUAAUGUUGCUAUGGAAACACGAAUGCUGUAGAGUUUUCUCUGAUAGAUUUACAAUAGAAAGCGAUAAACAAUGGUUCUUCAAAGCUUUGUACGACAUAGCGGAGACUAUAUUAGGUGUUGAAUACAGGAAGAUGAUGGAGAGUGAACCAGUUUUUGUUGAUUUUAUGAGAGAUGCUCCUGAGCCGACUGGUGAAGAAGGGGAAGACGCUGAUAUGGAGCUUCCGAAGGUGUAUGAGCCGGUGUUUGACUACAACGAGCUGCGGGAACGUCUAGACAUGUUCCUGUCACAGUUCAACGAAAUGGUCCGCGGUUCUGGAAUGGAUCUAGUAUUCUUCCCUGACGCUAUGCUGCAUCUAGUAAAGAUCUCAAGGGUUAUCAGACAUCCUCGGGGUAAUGUCAUGCUAGUUGGGGUCGGCGGUUCGGGCAAGCAAUCGCUUACCAAAUUAUCUACAUUCAUAGCGGGCUAUCGGUCUUUCCAAAUUGCGUUGACCCGUUCUUAUAAUGUAGGAAACUUUCUCGAGGACUUGAAACUCUUGUAUAGAUCUUGUGGAGUUCAAGGAAAAGGAACAACUUUUAUAUUUACGGAUUUGGACAUAAAAGAGGAGGGAUUCUUGGAAUAUCUUAACAACAUACUUUCAUCGGGAGUUAUAUCAAACCUUUUUACAAAAGAUGAACAGCAAGAAAUUAUAUCUGAACUUACACCAAUCAUGAAGAGAGAAAACCAAAAAAGAACGUUGACAAAUGAGCUAGUGAUGGAAUAUUUUCUUAAUAGGACUUGCCAAAACCUGCACGUUGUCCUAUGUUUCUCUCCGGUAAGCGAAGCAUUUCGCUAUCGAGCUCUUCGGUUUCCUGCUCUUAUUUCCGGUUGCACUAUCGACUGGUUCCAACCCUGGCCUAAAGACGCGCUAGUCUCUGUUGCCGAUCACUUUCUUACUGAAUUCGAAAUCGAGUGUACUACUGAAGUCAAGAAACAACUGGUUACCGUGCUAGGAACCAUUCAGGAUGAAGUCUCAAAGGUAUCGGCAGAAUACUUUCAACGGUUUAGACGUUCUUCUCACGUGACUCCAAAAUCCUAUUUAAACUUUAUCGGAGGCUAUAAAACUAUUUACCAAAUGAAGCAGAAGGAACUGGGUGAUGGUGCUCUUCGGAUGGACACAGGUCUAGAAAAGCUUCGUGAGGCUUCCAUUUCAGUUGAGGUUUUGAAAAAGGAUUUGGCUGUAAUGGAGCAAGACCUUGCUCUAGCAUCAGAGAAAGCUGGUAGGGUAUUAACAGAAGUGACAGAGCGGGCAAUGCAAGCUGAAAUAGUUAAAAACCAAGUGCAGAUUGUGAAAGAAAAAGCUGAGGCGCUGGUCGCUUAUAUCGCGGAAGAAAAGGAAAAAGCUGAAAUUAAAUUAGAAGCAGCAAAACCAGCUUUAGAAGAAGCUGAGUCGGCACUCAACACAAUAAAGCCUGCUCAUAUAGCCACGGUUAGAAAGUUAGGGCGACCACCUCACCUCAUCAUGAGAAUUAUGGACUGUGUCCUUAUAUUAUUUCAAAGAAGAUUACAUCCUGUUAUUCCCGAUACAGCUGCACCGUGUUCCAAACCGUCAUGGGCGGAAUCUCUUAAGAUGAUGGCCAGCACAACUUUUCUAUUACAACUCCAAAACUAUCCAAAGGAUAUAAUCAACAAUGAGAUGGUUGAACACUUGGUUCCCUACUUUGAAAUGGAAGAUUAUAAUAUGGAUACAGCAAAACGUGUAUGCGGUGACGUUGCAGGGCUGUUAUCUUGGACUAAAGCUAUGGCCUUCUUCCAUAGUGUCAAUAAGGAGGUAUUACCGUUGAAGGCAAAUCUGCUGUUGCAAGAAGCUCGAUUGAAGGUGGCCAUGGACGAUUUGGCAUCAGCAGAAAGGCAGUUAGAAGAACGAGAGAUGUCUUUGCGCAAAGUAAAAGAGCAAUAUGAAUCAGCUGUUUCUGAAAAACAACAAUUAACUGACGCUGCCAAUGUUUGCCUUAGAAAAAUGACAGCAGCAACUGCCCUUAUUAAUGGUCUCGGAGGAGAAAAGAUUCGUUGGACACAGCAAAGUAAAGAUUUCAAAGAACAACUCGGUAGGCUUGUGGGGGAUGUAGUAUUGGCUACAGGAUUUCUUUCAUACUGUGGUCCUUACAACCAAGAAUUUAGAAACAGUCUGGUAAAUACAUGGAUGACUAUUCUAAAGAAUAAGCAGAUUCCGGUUACCGAAAAUUUGAAUAUAACCAACAUGCUAGUUGAAAAUGCAACCAUAUCAGAAUGGACUCUUCAAGGCUUGCCUAAUGAUGAUUUAUCUGUACAAAAUGCACUCAUUGUAACCAAAUCCAGUUCGUACCCAUUACUAGUAGAUCCACAAAGUCAAGGCAAAAACUGGAUCAAAAACAAGGAAAGCACUAACGAGCUACAAAUUACGUCACUCAAUCAUAAAUAUUUUAGAACGCACUUGGAAGAUAGUUUAUCCUUAGGUCGACCAUUACUUAUCGAGGAUGUUGCUGUAGAUCUUGAUCCAGUCAUAGAUAAUGUGCUUGAAAAGAAUUUUAUCAAAUCAGGUUCGAUUGAAAAAGUAAUAGUAGGAGAUAAAGAGUGCGAUGUAAUGCCUGGCUUUAUGUUAUACAUUACUACAAAGCUUCCCAACCCAGCAUAUUCGCCAGAAAUUAGUGCUAAAACAUCCAUUAUUGACUUUACUGUAACUAUGCGAGGUCUGGAAGAUCAGCUUCUUGGUCGUGUCAUAUUAAUGGAAAAGUCCGAUUUGGAGGAGGAAAGAGUGGCAUUAUUUGAAUCUGUAAUGAGGAACCAGAGAAGUAUGAAGGAACUUGAGAGUAAUUUGCUAUGCCGAUUGACAUCUUCCGUAGGAUCACUAGUAGAUGACGAAGCUCUAAUUCAAGUAUUGCAAGUAACGAAAACUACUGCGGAAGAGGUAAACGAAAAGCUGAAAGUAGCUGAAGUCACUGAAAAGAAAAUUAUCAAAGCUCGGGAAGAGUUCAGAGCUGUAGCAGCCAGAGGAUCAAUUCUUUACUUUUUAAUAGUAGAAAUGAGUAACGUUAAUAUUAUGUAUCAGAACUCUCUUAAACAAUUUUUGACCAUCUUUGAUAAUUCAAUAACUAAAUCAACAAAAAGCAAUAUUACGGAGGAACGCAUAAAUAUAAUUCUUAAAUAUUUAACACAUGAAGUUUGGGCGUUUACUUCAAGAAGCUUGUAUGAAAGACACAAAGCUUUAUUUACGCUUAUGUUGGCUAUGAAGAUAGAUUGCCAAAAAGGUUUGAUUUCUCAUGACGAGUUUAUGGCCUUUGUCAAAGGUGGUGCGUCAUUGGACCUAAAUGCAGUAACACCAAAACCAUUUAGGUGGAUAUUGGAUAUAACUUGGUUAAAUUUAGUUGAAAUUAGCAAACUUAAAACUUUUUCUGAUGUGUUGUCCAGGAUAUCAGCAAACGAAAAAGAAUGGCGGGUCUGGUAUGAAAAAGCUAAGCCUGAAGAAGAAGUUAUUCCUAGUGGAUACCAGGAAAGCUUAGAUGUAUUCCGUAAGCUGCUUCUUAUUCGAUCUUGGAGUCCAGAUCGUACCUUAUCACAGGCUAGAAAAUACAUCGUUGAUUCCCUAGGUCCUGAAUACGGUGAAGGUCGCAUUUUAAAUCUGGAGACAACUUGGGCUGAAUCUGAGCCUAGAACUCCUCUCAUCUGUAUCCUCUCCAUAGGAUCUGAUCCUUUUGGGCAAAUUGCAUCACUUGCAAAGGCUAAGGAAAUAACCCUAAAAGCAGUGUCUAUGGGUCAAGGGCAAGAAAUCGUGGCUCGAAAAAUGAUUUCUGAUUCGAUGAAUGAGGGCGGGUGGGUAUUAUUGCAAAACAUUCAUUUGUCGCUGCCAUUCUGCGUUGAAGCUAUGGAUGCUCUUAUUGAGACAGAACACAUACAGGAGUCCUUCAGACUUUGGCUUACAACUGAAGUCCACACGGAUUUUCCAAUAGGUCUACUUCAAAUGGCUAUUAAAUUCACCAACGAACCUCCUCAAGGCAUACGGGCUAGUUUAAAAAGAACUUACCAAAAUAUCAGUCAAGAUACGUUAGAUUACUCGUCCUUACAUCAAUGGCCCCCCUUACUUUACGCUGUAGCCUUCCUCCAUACUAUUGUACAAGAAAGGAGAAAAUUUGGCCCGUUGGGAUGGAAUGUUCCAUACGAAUUUAAUCAAGCUGAUUAUGCAGCAUGUGUUCAAUUUAUCCAGAAUCAUCUCGAUGAAAUUGAUCCAAAAAAAGGUAUAUCAUGGCCAACUAUAUGCUACAUGCUCGGAGAAGUGAAUUACGGUGGUCGGGUAACAGAUGACUUUGACAAAAGAUUACUAACAACGUUUACAAAUGUUUGGUUUUGCGACGUUUUACUCAGACCAGGAUUUGAGUUCUAUAAAGGAUAUAAAGUACCGCAGACCAGAAAUCUACAAGGAUAUGUGGAUUAUAUUAAUCAGCUGCCCUUAACAGACACUCCAGAAGUAUUUGGAUUGCAUGGAAAUGCUGAUAUUACUUAUCAAAUUAACAGUGCUAAAGACAUUUUAGAUACAAUUUUGAGUGUGCAGCCAAAAGAAGGUGGAAGUCAGGGAGGAGAAACUCGAGAGAGUAUAGUCUAUCGUUUAGCUGAAGAUAUGCUGGAGAAACUCCCCAAACAGUACGUUAGCUUUGAGGUAAAGGAAGCUUUGCAAAAGGCUGGCGCAUUUUUGCCAAUGAAUAUUUUCCUGAGGCAAGAAGUAGACAGAAUCCAGAGAGUAAUAAAGACUGUUCAGUCAACUCUGUGUGAUUUGAAACUUGCGAUAGAUGGCACGAUUGUUAUGAGUCAAGGUCUCCGGGAAUCUUUAGAUGCCAUGUAUGAUGCUCGUAUACCGGCUCAGUGGUUAAAGGUAUCAUGGGAAUCGGCAACCUUAGGGUUCUGGUAUACAGAGUUGUUAGAAAGAGACCACCAGUACCGCACUUGGCUGAAAAAUGGAAGACCAACGACAUUCUGGAUGACUGGCUUUUUUAAUCCUCAAGGGUUUCUUACAGCCAUGAGACAAGAAGUUACGCGUAGUCACAGGGGUUGGGCGUUGGACUCUGUGGUGCUCCAAAAUGUAAUCACAAAACAGAACAAAGAAGAAUUACACGAAGGCCCUGCUGAGGGAGUUUACGUUCACGGUCUCUUUCUUGAAGGCGCAUCGCUCGAUAGAAAGACAGGCAAGCUUAUAGAAUCGAAGGCAAAGGUACUGUACGAGCAAAUGCCUGUGAUCUACAUUUUUGCUAUCAACACUACUGCUGGUAAAGACCCAAGGCUUUAUGAGUGUCCCAUCUACAGAAAACCGCAGAGGACUGACGCAAAGUAUGUGGGCUCUAUAGACUUCGAAACCGACAGUAACCCACGACAUUGGACUCUACGGGGAGUCGCAUUGUUGUGUGACAUAAAAUAAACCAUAUUA